ACAAUAACUCAGCAGCUACGUUUGUGAUUACUGAUAUUUUGUUAUUGCACUUACAUUUUGCUGAUUCUUCUAUGAGAGUAUACCUGCAUUUCUUUCCUUUUUUUAUCUUCACAUGAAAUAAGCUGCACCUGCGUCACUGACACGGACUAUAUAUUUACUCAGUAAGAAGAAAAUGUUACUUUCCAGACCUUAUGUGAUUGGAAGCGUGUUUGUGACGAUACUGUUUAUUGUAGGAUUCUGCUUCCAGAACCCAGAACUAAUUUUUCAAGCAAAGCAAGAACUGAAGUGUAAUAGGUCGCAAAUUUUCAUUGACAAAUCCAUAGAGUUGGCGCACUUUGAAAGAAAACAACUUAUAAACAGCGUCGGAUUUAGGAAAUCAGGGCUCAAUGUCAUCACUCCCUGGCUUGCCCCGAUUAUCUGGGAUGGAACAUAUGACAUUGACAUCUUAGAUAACCAACAUAAGGACACAAGGAUAGGACUGUUUGUAUUUGCUGUUAAGAAGUAUAUUCGGUUCCUUCUGCCAUUUCUGGAGUCAGCAGAACAGUUCUUUAUGGUUGGUCACAAAGUCACCUAUUAUGUGUUCACUGACAAGGUCAAUGAUGUGGUUAAACCCAAACUGGCUACCGAUCGUAUCUUGCAACUACACGAGGUUACUGCCGACCAACGUUGGCAGGACGUAUCAAUGAGAAGGAUGGAGGCACUCACACUCUUCACAAAGGAACAAAUGCAGAAAGAGAUCGACUACUUGAUAUGUGCAGAUGUGGAUAUGGUGUUUAAUGAUCACAUGGGAGUUGAAAUACUUGGAGAUCUUGUUGCCACACUCCACCCGGGAUUUUUCCUCUCGGAACGGGAGUCCUUUACUUAUGAGCGUCGGCCAAUUUCUGCAGCAUAUAUACCAGACAGCCAAGGAGAUUUCUAUUACAUGGCAGCUUUAUACGGUGGAAAAGUGGAAGAAAUUUACAAGCUCAGCCUGGCUUGCCAGAAAGGUAUCACAGAGGACAAGAAAAAGUCCAUUGAAGCUGUGUGGCAGGAGGAAUCUCACCUGAACAGGUAUCUGGUAUACAAUAAACCUACCAAGGUGCUUUCUCCUGAAUAUCUGUGGGAUACUAAUUUGCCCCAUGGUGAAUUUAUAAAGAAGAGGCGGUUCCUAGCGGUACAUAAAAAUCACAAUGAAGUGAGGAACAAAAAAUGAUCUUUUAACCAAAACUAACUGCUAAGUGACUCACUUUCCAGAACGCUUCUGUCAUCUUGUCAUUCUCGUAUAGUUGUAAAAUAUUUAAGUCAAAAAUUUAUUUAUAUGUAACCAACAACGUAUGAAUGAUUAUUCUUCAAUAAACAAGGUAUUAUCAGUAUCAUACAUUGUCGUAUGUAUGCCUGGAAAAAAGUACAAAUUUACAUGUAAGGGCUGUGGCCUCAAAGGGAAGACCAAAAGACCAAAAUAAUCCUUUUUGGCGCACUCUUUAUAAAUGUUAUUUAUCUAAAACAUAACUUUUAUUAUAUCAUAUUCCAAAAUUUGUUUAGUGCGGUUGAAAAGCAUACAGACAAAACACAUAUGUUUAAAAAUAUUAUUAAAUCCAAUUUUUCAGUAUGUCUGGUAAUUUCCAAUAUUGAGUAUUCACUUUUGCAUGCGUAAUAUCCUGUUGGCAUAGAUAGUAAAGAUGUGUGCCGGACCAUUUUUGUGGAUUUAUUUGGAUUUGGCUCUGAUUCAUCGUCAACCUUUGGAUUUGGAUUUGCCAAACCGCCGUGACUGCUUUUGGAUUUGGUUUUGCAUUUUUAUUUUUUUAAAUUUACAAAAAAGCUAAAAUCACAUAAGUUGGGUCUUUUUUUGUUCCUAAAAUAUUAUUAGCCUCAAUAACAUUAAUAUCCAGUCACUUCCAGUCAAUUUUGACCACCUCACAUCUUACAAUAGUUUUUAUGUUUUUUAAUGACAGAGCAAUGGCACAAGCACCUGGCAGUUUAUAGCACAUCGAUAAAACAUUACCACAGAGUAUUGGGGUACAGUGCACAGAACAAUGUAUACAAUAGAUCUAUAUAAUUUUUUCUUUUUUGAACUCGCAGCUUGGUUCAAACUGCAUGGAGUGACAGGGCUUUCAACAAAGGGCACUAGAGUAAAGUGCAACAAAGAGUACAAACAAUAUAUAUAUAUAUAUAUAUAUAUAUAUUUCUGUUUUUGAACUUGCAGCUCGGUUCAAACUGCGUGGAUCACAGGGCUUAUAGAUACACAUGAACAAAGAACACUAGUGAAAGCGCACCAAAUGGUACAAACAAUAGAUUAUAAAUAAAAAAAAAUAUUUAUUUUUUUACUUGCAGCUUGGUUCAAACUGUGUGGAUC